AUGUCCAACAAUUACGAAAUUCAGCGAUUUCAACUUAUCACUUUUGCUAAUGAUAAACAACGACGAAAUAUAGAAAAUUCUCAAAACUUACAAAGAGAUAUUAUCCUAGAACCCUAUAUCUAUAGAAAUGAAAUAAACCAAAAUUUGUCAAAUGCACCUGCCCAGGACAAUGAUCGCAAUCAAUCCGAAGUAAUUCUUCCAUCGCCUAUUAGUAAUAAUCCUUUUUCUCAUCAAAAUAAUCUUCAACGUCUCUUAAAUCAGUUUCAAACAAAAAUAUUAAAUGAUUAUCCGAGUAUUCCCUGUGCUUACUGUUCAAUUCUAAUGAUGAAAGAACAUACCAAAUGGUUACCUUAUAAUUCUGAAGAACGAUAUACAUUAACAUUGGCCUUUCCAAAUAUUCCUGUGUAUACACGAGAGAAUAACCGAGGAGUUGUACAGGUCGCCAUUUGUAAUGGAUGCAAAAAUUCAAAAACACGCCGAUAUCCACCAAUAUUAACAGAUAUUCCAUCUGAAAUCAUAAGUGUUCCAAUGACACAUAGAAGAUAUCUUUCGCCAGUCCACAUGAAAUGUUCUUUAGGUCGUACUCCUGGCACAAAUAACUAUACUAAUUAUCGACAUCUGCAAGGUUCAAUCAAUAUAACACAUAAUUACCGAUCAUUAGAAAUUUAUUCCGGAACAAUUGGUGCAUAUCUAAAUAUUCACGAACCUCCAAGAUGGUUUCAUGAAUCAUUAAUACCUGCUUGCGAAUGGUUGAGAGGAAAUAAUCAUAUUAUUAAAAAAUAUCAUUCAAAUAUUAAUAUUACACCUCCAAGACCUGAAAGUCCCACACCAAUUCCAUUACCUUUAGCAAGACAAUCGAUUGAUUAUCAUCAAGCCCCAUCUGACUUUCAACGCAGUUUUCUUCCAAAUGAAACACCACGCCCACCAGACUUAGUUGUUCCUAAUGAUUCCUUUCCACAAGAAAUUCAUAAUGAAGAUGCACAUCACACUCGAUUGAUAGCAGGAUUAAUAGCAAAUAGAGAUGAAGAAAAUCUUCCUAUUUUAUUUAAUAAUCCUGAUCUGGAAGCUUUAAUGUUUCCAGAUUUAUUUCCUAAAGGUCGAGGUCACUAUGAGGAUUUAAAGCGGCUUCUAAGAUUUCAACCAUCUAUAGAUAGUUAUGGAAAGUAUAUAAAACUGAGAAUGCUGUGUCCUGAUCCUAGGUUCCGGCUUCAUUGGUAUUGGCCACAUUGGUCCUAUUUGAAUUUGGAAAAAAGAAGAAAUUUUCAAAAUCAAUAUCGCCUUUUAUCUACUCGAAAAGUGAACCGUGAGCAUCAUCCAACAGUAACAGAUCUUAUCAUAAAAAGUUCAUAUGAUAAUCGAAAUAUUAUAGAUGAAUCAAAAACUACAACCAUUCCCUCAUACCUGAGAACUGCCGCUCCAUACUUUAAAAAAAAACAACAUCAAGUUAAUACCAUGAUACAUUCAUAUGGAUUACCACAAAUAUUCUAUACAAUGACCAUGGCAGAAGACAAAUGGCCACAUUUACAUCAAAUUCUGCGUACAUCAGAUAAUAAUGAUACUUUACCAACAAAUCGGCCACUACAUGUAUAUAUGUUCUAUCGCAAUUACCUUAAUAAUAUUCGUAACAAAUUAUGGAAAAAUCCAAACCUGGCUAGAUGGGGAAAAUGGGAGCAUUUUUUCGAACGCGAUGAAUUUCAAAACAGAGGAACAAUCCAUACACAUGGUUUUACAUAUACAGAAAAAAAAACUCCAGAAUUAAUUGCUCUUGACAUAAUUCGUGCAGAUGUUCCUGAUCCUAAUAUAGAACCUGAAUUGUAUCAUUUAGUAACAACUUUUCAAAUGCAUCAUUGUAAUUACAGAUGCAGACCACAAAAUCAAACUGACGGACCAUGUUCCAAAGGUUUUCCUCAACCCUUAUCUCAAACAACACAUUGUUCAGGUAAUUCAUUACGAUACUUUUAUCGACGUAUAAAAGAAGAAGAUCGAAUGGUUGUUCCAUAUAAUCUAGAAACUUUGUUAAUUUGGCGUGGACACAUAAACUUUCAGUACGUCACAUCUACUGGAUUUGCAAAAUAUAUAACAAAAUAUAUAACGAAACCUGAAUCUUCAGAAUUAUUUGAUAUCGAUGAGCAAGAUGAAUAUAGAAAACAUAUUAUAGCACGAAGAUUAGGAACAAUGGAGUUGAUGGUACUCUUACUGCAAUAUCCAUUAACAAGAUGUUCUGUUUCAGUAAUCUAUCUUCCUUCAGCCCCUUCUCAAUUGAGAACAAGAUCUGUUAAACCUAUUUAUUUAUUAAAUGAACGAAAUGAUGAUGGUA